AUGGGUCCCAUGUACCCUUGUGGCGGCGGCGAUGGUGAUAGUGACUGUGGCUGGGCAUCGUGCCCAACCCGGGGCACUCACCCGCAGGGCACGACCACAAGCGCAGCGCUGCAGCUCCUCAUCGCCGCGAGAAAACCCAAGAACUCGGCGGUGCUAGCGCAGCUGGAGUUCUACUGCAAGGAGAUAGCGGACUGCUGCCGCUUUCUCUUCCCCUCCGUGCCGAGCGUCCAGAUCCGCACCUCCUUCGGCCAAACGCCGGAGCAGUGGUGCGCGAGCGUCAUCGGCUCGACGAGGUACUUCGGCGCGGGGACGAGCGGGCUCGGGCGGCUGGCGCAGCUGGGCGUCGCCGAGCUGCCGAAGGAAUGUUCUGUGCUCGUCAGCGUCGCCAUACAGUACCCCGACGACCCUGCGCUGGUGGACUACCCGAGGCACGGCAGGAAUAUCGACCCGGACGAGGCCGCGGUCUGGUUGCUCUACACAACGGUUAACAAGAUGGUGCGCAAUGAUAUGGACAGGCUGGAUAAGGAGGGCGGCGAUAGUGUUACGGCGAAGGCGGCGAGGAUCAGUACUGCGGCUGAGCCGCAUAGGGCGAAUCGCACGCAGACAGACGGCUGGAAGAGCCCCCAGCCUAUGUGCCAGCGAGCGCCAGGGUACCAGCCCACAAUGUUCGUGGAUCCCACCGUUGCUGCGUACAACCAGUAUAUGCAGGACUACUACCAGUUCGACCAGCAGUCGCCAUCGGGUUACCCGCCCAACAUUAUGCCCAUGAACUACUAUAGCUGCUGGACUGCCCAACAGCAGAAGGAGGCGAACGCAGCCGUCUUCGGUGCGGCCCCGACAGCCGCUCACCAACCAUCACUCGACGUGGCCUUAUCCCACAUGCAGGUGGAGGAACUGCAGAAGCAGCUUCAGGGGGUGUAUAUGGUUAUCAAGAAGGUACAGGGGCGUGCGGAGGAGCUGAAAAAGCAGCGGGAUGGGUUGGAGGAUGACAUACAAUGGCUCGUCGACACAUUCCGGGGCAGCCGCAAUGCUGCGGUGGACGAGUAUGCCGACUAUUAUGACCACAAUCCCAAUGAUUAUAGUAGCACCGGGAUGCUGUUCAACGAGAUGCAGCGCAUGGCUUGGGAUAGGGAGGUGAUGCGCGAGCUCCUGGAGAAGAAGGCGGCUGAGGUCGCUGGAAUCGAGACGGCCCUGAAGAAGAAGCAACAGGAAGUCGACAAGAUGCGCAAAGAUAAUGAGGCCCGCCUCAAGAAGCUGCAGGAGGAAACUAGAGCACAGCUCGGCAAAAUGCAGGUCGAGUGCGAUGCCCGCGUCGAGAAGAUACAGGAGGAAGGUAAAGCACAGCAAAAGAAGAUGCAGGCCGAGUGCGACGCCCGCAUCGAGAAACAGUCACGCUGGACUUCUAUACGCUUCCAGAAUCCGAAGGACGAGCACUACCGCUGGCAGCUCCAAGCCGCCAGCGAUGCCGAGAAGACCCAAGCCGAAGCCAAGGCACGAUCCGAAGACCCCCAGCUCCGUCUAAUUUCCAUGAUGGCACCCACUCAGAAGAAAACCAGCGGCGAGAGAGCAGUGAAAGCCUCAGUCCUGCGCGUUCCCGAACCAAAGCUGGAGACCAAAUCUUCCAAAUCUUUCGGAGGGUCGCUGUCAGCAGUGGAUCUGGACUGCCAAGCCCAGCUGCAGAAGUGCAUGCCAUUGCUCGAGGGCUACUACAGCGACGAUGUGCGUAACGCCCACGAGAACUAUCGAACCGAAGCCGGGUGUGACUUAUAUCCGAGUUUCGGUCGAGCACUGGCAGCCGGAACUCACGGCCUAAACAGCCGAAAGGAAAAGGUUGCAGAGGUAUUGCGACAAAAGCGGCACGAGUGA